AGACAAAGGAGAAACGUUUAUGCAAUAUUGUGUUCUGAUCCAAAUAAAAAAGGUUCAUAUAGUGUAUUUUAUUGCUAUUCUAGAUCCUAAAAUUUGAAAUAAGCCACUUGCCAGAUGCAAAUAAGCCUACAUAUUGUCAUAUAAUUGCUUGACCUAUUGGUUACUUGUUGAUGAUGUGAAAAGAAUUCAAUGGUCUUGGCUAACAGGAAAAAGAAAGUUUUUUCUUUAAGGGUUUUGAUUGUUCUCCCAGAAUCCCAAGUGUUCUUCAACGACACUUUUAUCACUUCGUAAACGACUGGUUCGACAUCGCAGAGCACAAUUUUUUCUUUAAGGGCGUUGAUUGUUCUCCCAGAAUCCCAAGUGUUCUUCUAUGACACUUUGGUCACUUCGUAGAUGACUGGUUCGACAUCGCAGAGCCCGUGAAUCGCUAGUGUGAGGAUUAAAUGGAUAAUGGAGAUAAAAGUUGGAUGAAUCACCUAAGAUGGCCAGAAGAGUAUGCUGAUGGAGUGAAUUAUUUUCUUGAUAAGGCAUUUGAACGAGCUUCUCAAGGAAAUGAGAUAUUAUGUCCUUGCAAGAAGUGCAUGAAUCGCUAUUGGCAUUAUAGAAAUAUGGUGGAGGAUCACUUGGUUGUUCAUAGGUUUGUUGAUAAUUACACCAAAUGGGUUUUUCAUGGAGAAGGGGUUUUAUCGAGAAAUACACCGCAUCCAAUAAAUGACGAUGAAGGUUCUAACUUGCGUGACGGCAUUGAUGGACUACUUCAUGAUACAUUUAGAAAUGUAGAGGGUGAUUCAGGGCAUGAAGAAGGAGUGCGACAGGGUUUAUCUGAAGAUGCAAAGAAAUUUUUUAAAUUAUUGGAGGAAGGGAAACAAGAGUUAUAUCCGGGUUGUGAAAAUUUCAAUAAAUUGAGUUUCACCAUUCGGUUGUACUUAUUUAAAUCAUUACAUGGUUUGAGUAAUGUAGCAUUCUCAUACUUGUUAGAUUUGAUAAGAGAGGCAUUUCCCUUUGCUCAAAAACCAGAGUCUUUCAAUAAGGCUAGACAAGUGAUUAAAGAUUUGGGUCUUCAUUACGAAAAAAUACAUGCAUGCCCUAAUGACUGCAUGUUAUUUUGGAAGGACAAUGAGAAAGCGGAUAAGCACUUCCGUCCGUGAAACUUCUAGAUGGAAGAGUGUUGGUGAUGCCUCAACUAAUGUAAGCUCUAAAAUUCCUGCAAAGGUAUUAAGGUACUUUCCCUUAAAGCCUAGGCUUCAGAGGAUAUUCAUGUGUUCUGAAACAGCUGUUGCAAUGAGAUGGCACGCUAAUGAACGACCCAAUGAUGGAAAUUUAAGGCAUCCUGCUGAUGGGGAAGCAUGGAAGGAUUUUGAUCGUUUGUACCCAGACUUCUCUCGAGAUCCUCGUAAUGUUAGAUUGGGUCUCUCAAGUGAUGGUUUCAACCCAUUUAGAACCAUGAGUAUUUCUCAUAGCUCGUGGCCUGUUAUGUUGAUGAACUAUAAUUUAUCACCAUGGAUUUGCAUGAAGCCGAAGUAUAUUAUGUUGUCAAUGAUCAUUCCAGGUCCAUCAUCUCCAGGAAAUGGUAUAGAUGUGUAUCUACAACCACUAAUUGCAUAAUUGAAGGAACUAUAGGAACCUGGGAUAGAAACAUAUGAUGCUGAA